CAUUACCGUCAUUACCUCACUAUCUUCUGAUCGUUCUGAUCCUUGUGAUGCUUGUGAUCGCAUUCAACCCAUUCGACUUACUGUUUACGCAGAUUACUGUAUUACUGUAGUAGUCGGUCGGGUGCAAGUCGUCGUGUUUUGCGGUGUUUCGUGCCUGUUCGUGUCGUCACGUGGAGCUGUUGAAAGCGGAAACGUAGUUUACUCCAGUCGCUUUAGAUACAUCUCCUUCGUCUGUAUGGCGCAGAAGUACGUUUUGAGUAAGGAGGUUCCUGAUAUAGAGAAUCUCUUGAAUCUGAAUCCGAAGAUCAAGACCUUUGCCACUGUUGUGCCUUCUGCAUACACAAAGGAAAAUAAACUUAAAUGGAAGAGGAACGCCAACAGAAAGUGCGAGAGUUGUGGAAGCUUAGAGAAGAACUUUGACGACAUCAAGCACAGCACAUUGAGUGAGAGGGCAGCUCUAAGGGAAGCCGCUCGAUGUCUGAAGUGUGCGGAUGCCCCCUGUCAAAAAUCGUGCCCAACCCAGCUUGAUGUCAAGAGUUUUAUUACCAGCAUUUCGAACAAAAACUAUUAUGGUGCUGCACAAACAAUUUUCUCAGACAACCCAUUGGGCCUGACAUGUGGGAUGGUAUGUCCAACCAGUGAUUUGUGUGUAGGUGGCUGCAACUUGCAGGCUGUGGAAGAAGGACCUAUAAACAUUGGAGGACUUCAACAGUUUGCCACAGAAGUGUUCAGAAGUAUGAAUGUACCCCAGGUAAGGCCAGUGAAUCAACACAAUAAAAAUAGUGCUGCAAAAAUAGCACUGGUUGGAUGUGGCCCAGCUUCACUUUCCUGUGCAACAUUUCUUGCUAGACUGGGAUACACAGACAUCACAAUUUUUGAGAAGGAGAAUUAUGUUGGGGGUCUCAGUUCGUCAGAAAUCCCACAGUACCGUUUACCAUAUGAUGUCGUUAAUUUUGAAAUAGACAUGGUGAAAGAUUUGGGUGUGAAAGUGAAAACUGGUCGAGCACUCUCAAAGCAUGAUCUCUCAAUUAAGGGCUUAGAGAAAGAAGGAUAUAGAGCAGUCUUCUUGGGGAUUGGGCUCCCUGAACCAAAAAUAAUACCAGCAUUUGAGGGUUUGACGAAAGAGAUGGGUUUUUAUACUUCGAAGUCUUUCUUGCCAUCAGUUGCAAAAGGAAGCAAAGCAGGGAUGUGUGAAUGCAGGAGUGCUUUACCCUCUCUUCAAGGCAGUGUGGUUGUGCUUGGAGCAGGGGACACUGCGUUUGAUUGUGCCACUUCAGCUUUGCGGUGUGGAGCAAAGAAAGUAUUUGUUGUAUUUCGCAAAGGCUUCAGGAAUAUACGAGCAGUGCCUGAAGAGGUUGAACUGGCCCAAGAAGAGAAAUGUGAAUUUAUCCCAUUCCAGUCACCGAAGCAAGUAAUUCUUAAAGAAAAUAAAAUUGUAGCAGUCGAAUUUUACAGAACAGAACAAGAUGAAAAUGGCAGAUGGAUUGAAGAUGCAGAGCAAAUCACGAGACUAAAAGCUAACUUCAUUAUAUCUGCAUUUGGUUCUGGACUGUAUGACUUGGAAGUGAAGGAUGCCAUGGCACCAUUGAGAUUCAGCAAGUGGGGACUCCCAGAAGUUGAUCCUAAUACAAUGCAGACCAGUGAGUCCCAUGUUUUCUGUGGUGGAGAUUUGGCAGGGACUUCAGAAACGACAGUAGAAUCUGUCAAUGAUGGAAAAACUGCUGCCUGGUUCAUGCAUAAAUAUCUCCAGGAUCUGGUUGGGGUGAAGAUCCCAGAAGAGCCCCAACUUCCAAAAUUCUGCACUCCUAUUGAUGAUGUAGAUAUUAGUGUUGAAAUGUGUGGAAUGAAGUUCAUCAACCCAUUUGGACUAGCAUCUGCGCCUCCAGCUACUUCCAGCGCUAUGAUUCGAAGAGCUUUUGAAGCAGGUUGGGCAUUUGCUGUAACAAAAACGUUUUCUUUGGAUAAGGACCUUGUGACUAAUGUUUCACCAAGAAUUGUGAGAGGAACAACAUCAGGUCACCAGUAUGGUCCACAGCAGGGCUCCUUCCUGAACAUUGAGCUCAUCUCAGAGAAAUGUUGUGCAUAUUGGUGUCAGAGUAUAGCAGAGCUGAAGAAGGACUUUCCAGACAAGAUUGUGAUUGCAAGUGUAAUGUGCUCCUACAGCGCCUCAGACUGGACAGAACUUUGCCAAAGAGCAGAAACAUCUGGGGCAGAUGCUCUUGAACUCAACUUGUCAUGUCCACACGGGAUGGGUGAAUCAGGCAUGGGGCUGGCAUGUGGUCAGGAUCCAGAACUUGUCCUCAACAUUUGCCGAUGGGUGAGAGCAGCUAUAAAAAUUCCGUUCUUUAUAAAAAUCACACCGAACAUCACAGAUAUUGUAUCCAUAGCAAGAGCAGCUUAUGAAGGUGGAGCUGAUGGUGUGUCUGCUAUUAACACAUUAUCAGGAUUGAUGGGAUUGAAGGCAGAUGCAAGUCCAUGGCCUGCAGUGGGAAGGGACAGGCUUACUACAUAUGGUGGAGUGUCAGGCAAUGCAGUAAGGCCAGUUGCCUUGCGAGCUGUCUCAGCAAUCGCUAGUGCACUCCCAGGGUUUUCUAUCAUGGGAAUAGGUGGUAUUGAUUCUGCUGAGGCAGGACUGCAGUUCUUGCAUUGUGGUGCAUCAGUGUUGCAGAUUGGAAGUGCCAUUCAGAACCAGGACUUCACUCUCAUAGAUGACUACAUCACUGGGCUGAAAGCAUUACUUUAUCUCAAGAGUUUGGAACAUCAUUCAGGAUGGGAUGGCCAGUCACCACCAAAAGCUAAACAUCAACGAGGAAAGCCAGUUGUUGUCUUGCAAGAUAUAAGGAACAAGAAAUGGCCUUAUUUUGGACAUUACCAAAGUCUGAGAGAGGAAAAGAUUUCCGAAAUAAAAAAGCAAGCAGAUUUACUAGCAGAAAAUCUAAAACCUCCUUUGAGAAGUUGCAAUGAACCUACUAAACCAGUUCCUGCAGUCAAAAAUGUCAUAGGUCAGGCAUUGCCAAUGAUUGGACCAUACAAGGGGCUUGAUAACAAACAACAAGUUGUGGCAUUAAUUGAUGAUGACUUGUGUAUUAACUGUGGGAAAUGCUAUAUGGCUUGCAAUGAUUCCGGAUACCAGGCCAUUACAUUUGACCCAGAGACACACAUUCCAACUGUGACUGAUGACUGCACAGGCUGCAUUCUCUGCCUAUCUGUGUGUCCUAUAAUUGACUGCAUCAGUGUGGUUCCUCGUAAAAUUCCACAUGUCAUCAAUCGUGGAGUACCGUCAUUUGGAUAUGUGUAGUUAAUUUGUUUGCACUCAUAUUAGUAUAUUUUAAUGAUUGUAACAAAGGUAAAAGUGGAAUCUUGAUUCUCUUCUUAUGAAGGUGUUGCUUUAAUUAAAUUAUUCUAUCAUGAUCUGCAGUAGGUGAGUGAGCAAGUUAGAAUGAACAUAUGUCAGCCACUGGAUAAAAAAGAAAUAUGUUCUGUGUAAAGAAGGUAGGUUCGAUUCACAUUCUCUGUUGCUGACGUGUGUCACUGUAAAAGAACCUGAUUCUCUGUACUGAAUGUAAGCAGACCUUAGUAUUGAUUAUAUACAAAUAAUUAACUGUCUCAAUGGAGCAGUCAUUCUUGAGGUGCUGAUAGUUGAUCAGCUACUCAAGAAAGUAUUUGACUUUCAUGGAGCUGAAAGGUUUAUUACUGCUUUCACAAGAACCUGCCAUCGGCCAGUGACCUGAGCCUGUGAAUCCCGUCUACAGUCUCCUUGCUUCUUUGAGAGUCGUUUUAAUAAUACUCUCUUACUUAUGUCCCUCUCCCCUAAGUGAUUUCUUCCCUUCAGAUAAUCUGACCAAAAUUCUCAUCUCUGAUGAAUACUAUAUGACCUGCUUAUCGUCCUUGAUGUGAUCAUCCUUUAAUAUCUGGUGAAAAGUACUUCUUGUUAUGCAGUUGUAUCCAUCCUGCUCUUAUUAUCUCUGUCUUUUUCUCCUCAGUGCAAUUCUCAGACACUUGUCAUUUUCUAUUUUUCCCCCCUUAGUAAUGUGAGGGACCAAGUUUUACGCCCAUACAAGAUAACAUUAUAGUUUUGUGUAUUUUAAUCUUUACACAUUUAGAUAGCAGACAGAUAAAAUAUUCUGACCUGACUGGUAGCAAACAUUCACUCAGUUUAAUCUGCUCUUGAUUUCUUCAUAAUUUGUUACUCUCACUCCCAAAUACAAGGUGGUUCAAAUAUGACCGGGACUGAUUUUUUUUUAA